AUAAAACGUCACUUGAUAAAUUGACGACCCUUUAACAAAGUGUCAAAGCCGGUCUCACAUCCGCACUGGGUUAAGAUUUUCCGCAUUCCGCUGGUGAACAAGUGGAUUGCAAGCCUCAUAUUUCAAGUGACUACCUCUAUACAGACCACAAUAAAUGUGCGUAUCGUUUUCAGAUUCAAGCACCUACAAGAAGUCACCAUCCGACGCUCCAGUGUUCACCAAAUCGUCAUGCAUGCCUUUUGGGGUGUUCCAAGCAUCAGAUACCUAGACCUAUCAGAAAACAACAUUUCGUCUGUGAUGGACCACAAUUUUCGCGGUCUAGUCAACCUGUUAGAACUGAAAUUGGAUGACAACAGGAUAUCAAGACUCCAAGUCGCCGUGUUCAAGCACCUAACAGAGCUCCGGGCGCUAUCUCUGCAAAGGAAUUUGCUGACCGAGUUGGCACCGAGGGUAUUCUCAAAACUAUCGAAAUUACAUGUGCUCAAACUUAGUGGAAAUAAAUUGGAAGACUUAGAUCCAGAGGUCUUCAAAGACAUUCCGAUUGAAAUUGCUUGGAGUAGGGUGUACAGUGUUAGGGUUAAGGAUCUCCGGUCUCCGGUGCUCAGCGCGACCUUAUGAACUGUUGGACAAAGUUCGUUUUUGAGUCGAUCAUGG